UAGAUGAGGAUGGAGAGAUAUCAGGGAUGAGGAUGGAGACACAUUUGAGGAUGAGGAUGGAGACACAUUUGAGGAUGAGGAUGGAGACACAUUUGAGGAUGAAGAUAAAAGAUAAAUGAGAAUGGAGAGACAUCAGUGAUGCAGGUGGAGAGACAUAUGAGGAUGGAGAGACAUCAGGGAUGAGGAUAGAAAGAUAGAUGAGGAUGGAGAGAUACCAGGAAUAAGGAUGGAGACAGAUUUGAGGAUGAGGAUGGAGACAGAUUUGAGGAUGAAGAUAAAAAGAUAAAUGAGGAUGGAGAGACAUCAGUGAUGCAGAUGGAGAGAUAUAUGAGGAUGAGGAUAGAGAGACAUGAGGGAUGAGGAUAGAGAGAUAUCAGGAAUGAGAAUGGAGACACAUUUGAGGAUGAGGAUGGAGACACAUUUGAGGAUGAAGAUAGAAAGAUAGAUGAGGAUGGAGAGACAUCGGUGAUGCAGAUGGAGAGACAUAUGAGGAUGUAGAGACAUAUGAGGAUGGAGAGACAUCAGGGAUGAGGAUAGAAAGAUAGAUGAGGAUGGAGAGAUAUCAGGAAUGAGGAUGAAGACACAUUUGAGGAUGAGAAUGAAGACACAUUUGAGGAUGAAGAUAGAAAGAUAAAUGAGGAUGGAGAUACAUCAGUGAUGCAGAUGGAAAGACAUAUGAGGAUGAGGAUGGAGAGACAUGAUAGAUGAGGAUGGAGAGAUAUCAGGGUUGAGAAUGUAGACACAUUUGAGGAUGAGGAUGGAGAGAUAUGAGGGAUGAGGAUAGAAAGAUAGAUGAGGAUGGAGAGAUAUCAGGGUUGAGAAUGUAGACACAUUUGAGGAUGAGGAUGGAGAGACAUGUGGGAUGAGGAUAGAAAGAUAGAUGAGGAUGGAGAGAUAUCAGGAAUGAGGAUGGAGACACAUUUGGGGAUGAGGAUGGAGAGACAUGAGGGAUGAGGAUAGAAAGAUAGAUGAGGAUGGAGAGAUAUCAGGAAUGAGAAUGGAGACACAUUGAGGAUGGAGACACGUUUGAGGAUGAAGAUAGAAAGAUAGAUGAGGAUGGAGAUACAUCAGUGAUGCAGAUGGAGAGACAUAUGAGGAUGGAGAGACAUCAGGGAUGAGGAUAGAAAGAUAAAUGAGGAUGAAGAGGCAUCAAUGAUGCAGAUGGAGACACAUUUGAGGAUGAGGACAGAGAGACAUCAGGGAUGAUUAUGACGACACAUAGGAGGAUGCAGAUGAAGAGACAUCAGGGAUGAGGAUGGAGAGACAGAUGAGAAGGACGAUCAGACGUUUCGGAGCUAAUACAGAGUCUCUCUCACCUCCCAGCAGCCCCAGAGCUGCUCCCCCUCCCUCCCCUCCUCCCUCCCCAAUCAGACAGCUCCGCGCGGCUCCCACCCUGCGUCUAUGACCCCAAUGCCCGAUGUUCACUGACCUUCCUGCCCGGACUAGGGAGAGGACUCGGGCGGGCAGAGGGAGCUGCAGUCCGGUCAGGGCCACCAUGGAGACCGCCACCCACUUCCGGUUUUGCCAGAACCUUCUGGAACACACAAUGUCCACAGAAAACCUGAGCCGACGCCUCCAGAGGGAGAUGGGCAGCAGUCUGACCUGGCACGAUGGGCGUGGCCAACGCUCAACCACAGGGAGGGCAAUCAAGCUCCUCAAACAGCCCGGAACAGAGGUAACCCAGAUCCGGCCCAGUGAUCAGUAUGGGAAUUAUCACACCAGCCCGUCAUUCAGCAGCCUCACCAAACCAGUGGUUCUGUGGAGCCAACAGGACGUCUGCAAGUGGCUAAAGAAGCAUUGCCCCCACAACUAUCUCAUCUAUGUGGAGGCCUUUGCCCACCAUGCCAUCACAGGUCGUGCUUUGCUGAGGUUAAAUGCAGAAAAGCUGCAGCGCAUGGGAAUUACCCAUGAGUUACAGCGGCAGGAGGUGCUACAACAGGUGCUGCAGUUGCAGGUGCGGGAGGAAGUGAGAAAUCUGCAACUGCUCAGUCAGGCUUCCUAUGGAAACUUCUGAGAGUCAAGAGUCUUAGGGACACAAUGAAAUCACUGUGACUGUCACAUCUGGGAUCUGGCUGCCAUUCCUCAUCCUCCAUUCAGCAGCUGGGGACUGGCCAGGGAGCGCAGAUCCUGCAUGUACAUUUUUCUGGCACCAUAAUUAGAUGACUGUAUCUCAAACAAAUCAUCUUCAGUACAAGAUUUCCUUCAGAAAGUCCUGCAGGAACUGUCUGCAAAAUUCUGCACUUCAUUGUACAAUAGAGGCAACUGGCAAUGGACCCUGCUCUUUGUGUAAAGAGCUGAAUACAUGUGUGUAAAAGCAAUGCAGGACUAUGUAUAGGCCAUAAAUCAGUCCAGGGGGUAUAUUUAUCAAAGAGUGAAGUUAGAGAUCUCCACAGUCCGCAGAUUGAAAUACCGCCUCU